AUGGCCGCCAUCCCAGACCCAGAGACAGAAGCAAAGAACACAAGCACCGACUCAGCCAUACAACCCGACACCAACAGCGACAUCAGCACCCUCGACCUCGCCAGCGAUGCCCGCAAAGCCGGCUUCCUCCGCUAUGAAAAAGUAACCUUACACCCCGGUCUCUACACCCUCCAACGUUCCUCCUCCCCCAACUACGACGGCACCCACGAUUCAUCGCAACACAUCACUGCCUCCGGGAUCAACUUCCUCCACUCCCAAGGUAUUGGCCACAUUAUAUGUCUCAACAGCGAUGAGCUUAGUAGUUACAGCAUCAGCCACUUGCUCGGCAACGCUAAGCCGAGGAUUGCUUUUACGCAUAUACCUGUUGCGGAUUAUCACUCGCCGAGUCUAAAGGAGAUGCAGAAGGGGUAUAAGGCGUAUACGGAUGUUAAGAAGGAUACGUUGGUGUGGUGUGGAUAUGGGUGGGGGAGAACGGGGACGAUGAUCACGGCGUUGCAAUGGUAUAUUGAGAGGGCGAAAGGGAAGGUGGUUAGGUUAGGUCAUAAUGAUUAUGCGAAUAAUCAUGUGGAACAGUUUCAUCAGGGGGUGUCGACGGGGCAGUAUGAGACGUUGGAUGAGUUGCAGAAGUGA